ACAUAUAUAGCACACUCACUCACCAUGUCUCUGCGUCAAGAUUCAGAACUUCAAGCAUCUGAUUUUCAGCUUGACAAUGGCGUCCACUGCUUCCUCUCCUAAUUUCUCCAUCCCCAAAACCUUCAUCACCACGCUGCAAGCUCCCACUUUCAGGACUUACUUUCCCACCUUCACCAAUAACCAAACGUCGAGCAGUCGCCCCUCUCUCUGCAUCACUACUGCCUCUCUUUCUGACCAUAAACCCAAGGCUAACACCACUGCAACCGCCGCUGCCGCUACCGCUACCGCAACCACCACUCCUAUAACAACACCACCACCACCAAAAACAGCAACCCGCCUAGAAACCAUCAUUCCCACUAUUGCCCCUCAGUUGCCCAGAAAGGGCUCUGAUGUCCUUGUUGAAGCCUUGGAACGUGAGGGAGUCACUCACGUAUUUGGAUACCCAGGAGGGGCUUCCAUGGAGAUUCAUCAAGCCCUCACCCGAUCCAGUGUAAUCCGUAAUAUUCUUCCAAGGCAUGAACAAGGUGGAAUCUUUGCUGCUGAGGGCUACGCCAAAGCUUCUGGUCGCGUUGGCGUUUGCAUUGCCACCUCUGGCCCUGGUGCCACCAACUUCGUUAGUGGACUUGCCGAUGCACUGCUGGAUAGUGUACCCAUUGUUGCCAUCACCGGACAAGUUCCUCGUCGCAUGAUAGGCACUGAUGCAUUUCAAGAAACACCGAUAAUUGAAGUAACAAGAUCCAUAACUAAGCACAAUUUUAUGGUUCUUGAUGCUGAGGACAUUGCUCGUACUGUUAAAGAAGCCUUUUAUCUUGCUUCUUCCGGCAGGCCGGGACCGGUUCUUAUAGAUAUACCAAAGGAUAUCCAGCAACAACUUAUCAUUCCAAACUGGGACGUGCCCAUGAGGCUACCUGGGUACGUAUCAAGGCUGCCAAAAAGCCCUGAAAUUGGAAAAUUGGAGCAGAUUGUGAGGCUGAUCUUUCAAUCCAAGAAACCAGUACUGUAUGUUGGUGGUGGGUCUCUGAACUGUAGUGAGGAGCUAAGGCGAUUUGUUGAGCUUACCAAGAUACCAGUGGCGAGUACUCUAAUGGGCCUUGGAAGUUUCCCUUUAGGCGACGAGCUGUCACUUCACAUGCUGGGAAUGCAUGGGACAAUGUAUGCAAAUUAUGCAAUAGAUCAAUCAGAUUUGCUGCUGGCUUUUGGAGUUAGAUUUGAUGAUCGUGUGACGGGUAAAGUCGAGGCUUUUGCCAACAGAGCAAGUAUAGUUCACAUUGACAUUGAUCCAGCUGAACUGGGGAAGAACAAGCAGCCACACGUUGCACUCUGUGCUGAUCUGAAGAUUGCUCUGAAAGGUUUGAACAGGUUGCUGGAGAAGAAGGGAGCUAAGUCCCUGCUCGAUUUCUCUGCUUGGAGAGACGAAAUCAAUGAACAGAAAGCAAAAUAUCCAUUAAGUUAUAAAAAUUUAGGAGAAGCAAUUCCUCCACAAUAUGCAAUUCAAGUUCUGGACGAAUUAACUGAUGGUAAUGCUGUUAUAAGUACAGGUGUUGGGCAACACCAAAUGUGGUCUGCACAAUUUUACAAGUACAAAAAGCCUCGUCAGUGGCUAACAUCUGGUGGUCUAGGAGCUAUGGGUUUUGGCUUGCCUGCUGCUAUGGGGGCUGCAAUUGCAAGACCAAAUGCUCUAGUGGUAGACAUCGACGGCGAUGGAAGCUUCAUCAUGAAUGUCCAAGAAUUGGCGACGGUAAGAACAGAGAACCUGCCUGUGAAGAUCUUGUUACUGAACAAUCAACAUCUGGGUAUGGUUGUUCAAUGGGAGGACAGAUUCUAUCAUUCCAACAGAGCACAUACAUAUUUAGGGAACCCAUCAAAAGAAGAAGAGAUUUUCCCAGACAUGUUGAAGUUUGCUGAGGCAUGCGAUAUUCCAGCUGCGAGAGUGACAAAGAGAAGUGAGCUUAGAGAGGCUAUGAAGAAAAUGUUGGAGACUCCAGGACCUUAUUUGCUUGAUGUGAUUGUCCCACAUCAGGAACAUGUCCUGCCAAUGAUCCCAAGUGGUCUUUCUUUUAAGGAUGCUAUUACCGAAGGUGAUGGGAGAGCCAAGAAUUGAUGAAUUUUGUGCUUGUAAAAUUAUGGAGUUAAAAGAAUGUAUAGGUUGAAUAAUUUGCUCUGUUACAAAAUAAGUAAACCAUAUUAAGAUGAAAUGGGUUUCUGAUAUUCAUCUAUUCAUCUCUUUCUCUC